AACGACGUCGUAGCACUGCGUCCUCUUCCUCUCGCUCUCUCUCUCUCUGUUUCUCUGAGCUAAGUAGGACUGAGACAAAGUCACCAAAUCCAAAUCCAAACCCAAAUUCGAUCAAAAACCAAAUCAAUGGAAGACCUCUGGAAGCGAGCCAAGAGCUUCGCGGAAGAAGCCGCCAAGAAAUCCCAAACCAUCACCACCUCCUCCGCCUCCGCCAAAAUCUCCGACUUAGUCUCCGAGACCGCCAAACGCUCCCGCGAGUUCGCCGCCGAGGCCUCCAAGAAAGCCGACGAGAUCAAAACCGCCGCCCUCAAGCAGGCCGAUCAGAUCAAGUCCCUCUCCGUCUCCGAGAUCAUUCCUCCUAACCUCUCCAACAUCGUCAACUCCUCCGCUUCCUCCGCCUCCGCCGCUGAGCCGUCGCCGGAGGAGCUUCAGAAGUUCGGCGUCUCCGACGAUCUGAGGGACUUCGUCAAGGGGCUGACGUCUGAUACCUUCAAGCAUUUUCCGAUCCAAGAUGAAGCGGAGGAGGUUAAUGAGGUGCCGACGACGACGUCGAAUGUGAGGAAGGAUCUGACUGAGUGGCAGGAGCGCCAUGCUACUCUGGUUCUCACCACUGUUAAGGAGAUUUCAAGGUUAAGAUAUGAACUGUGCCCGCGUGUUAUGAAAGAAAGAAGAUUCUGGAAGAUAUAUUUUACCCUUGUGAGCAGCCAUGUGGCUCCGUAUGAGAAGCGAUACAUGGAAGAGUUGAAGCUCAAGGAAGAAGAGAAAUUGAAGGAUGAUAAAGUGAAGCAAACACCUGUGGUUGGAGAGGCUGACAAAGCAGAAGGAAGUGAAACAAACAACAAGAGUUUGACUUCCAAAUCUUCAUCAACUGAGCAGGACUUGGAUUCAUUCCUUUUGGGGGAUCUUGAAGACAGCGAUGGGGGUCAAGAUGAUGGUAAUGACAAUUUUGAUGAUGAUUUUGACAAGAUUGGCGAUUCGGAUGUUGAUGAUGAAAAGCAAGUGAAGAAAUGACAUCUGCAGCUUUUCUUAAAGUUGCUACUAGAGACACUAUGAAGCAGAACACAAACACGGUUCUGUAACAAAUGGAUGAAUCAUGGAACCACUACCCAGCAAAGGAAGAACACCGAGCUGUUAUUUCGUUAUCUCUAAUAUCUUAUCUCUUUUAAAUUUAUUUUGGGAGCUGUAGAGUUGAUUACGUUGUAGUACUUGAAGUGAGAUGGUAAUUAUAAGUCAUUCAUUUGUUAUAUUUGUCCCAGAGAGUGAUGGUGGAGAGUUUGUGAUUCCCGUUAAUGUCCAAAAACGGGUCGAUCUGACUGCCUGCUUGUGUACAGUUGACCUGAUUAUGUUGAAUAUAGUUUCUAUACUGGUCCGU